UGUGCGUUGCCUACUUGUUUGCCGGCAUCGAGUGUGUUUUGAGCCUUUCGCCGUUACCUACACAUCCGGACCGUGUUUCCAACGCAGGUACCGCAUUUAACCCAGGCCAAACGGAACAAGCUCAAGCUCGAGUAAAUGAACCCGGUGUUGUGUUUGUCAUAUCAGAUCGUACCACCACAACAUGACGUCAUACAAUUUGUUGGUGGAUUAAUCACGAUCGUUAUUCCGAUCGCGCAAUGUCUCUGUCCUGCAAGCAGAUCAAUUGCCAGUAAUGAUUUAGCGACUAGCGAGCAACAUUGGUGACAAAUCGAUGCAAUAGCUUCACUCUCGAUCGAUCUGCCUCAAGAUUCCUGCAAUCAAUUUGCGCCCACAAACUAAAACGGGGCAGUGAUUUUCCACGACAAUGACAAUGCACCACAGCUAGCACUAGAUGCAACAUCUUAUCGUUUUGAAUGUUCCUGCUCCACCCAGUCCAUACCAUAUCAUCCUUCACAGGCGUGCGUGGGAGAGGACAAUCGUUCAACACUCUAGCAAUCUACAAACAAACGGCUGGCCACUAACAUUCUCAGACAGCAACGUGAAUCUCACAAACUUUCCGCAUAAUCCCCAUUCGAAGGUGCCUUUAGUGUUCCCCCCCUGUUGGCUGGCAGCUAUUAGACACCCGAUAGAGGCUAAAGAUGCCAACACCAGCCAGAACAGCCUUUGCAAUUAUAGUCCUCUCCGUAAUUGGGUCCACCCAUACGACGACCACUUCGCCCGUACGGAUAAACAAAUGCUGCGAGAAGUUUGAGGUUGUGUACGAUGGAAAGUGUACUGUCGCCGCCACGGUCAAUGCGACCGUAUGGAAGCCAGAGUUCAUCGGACGAAAGGGCGAACGAAACGUGCAGGUCGACAAUUAUCGUUUCGUCAUCGGCCUGCCGGACUGUGGUACCAAGCAAAAGUUCACCAUCUACGAAUAUCACGACAGCUACGACAAAUUGAUUCUCUUUCCGGACGGUCAACUGCGGCACCUGAUUCUGCGACACGAUCACAACAAGGUGCAGGGUAGCGUAGGGAACUACCUCGAUGAGGACUACAUCGAUGCCGGUGACAGUAAUGUGCUACAGUACGACUAUGCGCAGGGACUGUACUGUAUGGAUCGCGCCAUCGGAAGUGGUGGCGAGGGGGGUGGCGAACUGAUGGAGGGUUUGAUAGCGAAGGUAUGCUCGCCGAAGGAAGAGAUCCACUGGACGGACAGUGAUGUGAUGCUGCGAAAGAUUAUUAACCCGAUUUGCCACGGACUGGCGAUGAUCAUUCUGCUGGUCGUGUCGAUCAUUUACUUCGUCCUGCCAACGUUGCGCGAUCUGGUGGGCAACAUGGUGACAACGAUCACGAUGUGUUUGAUCGUGAGCCAGGCGGCCGAUCUCGUACGCAUCUUUACCGAGUUUAGCAAUCAUGUAAGCUUCCUGAUAGCGGACCUGUUCUUCUACGUCAGCCUGCUCGGUGCAUUCUUCUGGCUAAACGCAUUGGGCUAUUACAUCUGGAAAAUGUUCCGGACACGGAAUGUAUUUUUGCGCGUUAGCGAUGGCCGAAAGUACUGCUGGUACUCCGCGUACGCUUGGGGAUGCACGGGGACAAUGGCAGCUAUCGCUGUGUUUGCCCACUUCUUCCUCGAUCUGCCCGGAAGCAACAACAGUAUCGGCAGCAGUAGUAAUGGCGCCGAAAGCCAACACGCAACGCGGGAAAGCUUUUUCGAAGGACAGGAAAACAUCAGCUGGCUAGGCAUUGCCGUGUUUUUUACCCCGAUUGCGUUCAUUAUCAUCGUGAACAUUUUCUUCUUCGUCACAACAUUACGCUUCAUCAAUCGAAUGCAUACGUACGGACGCAUUCAUCACAAGCUACGGUGCAGCUUCGUGAUGUUCACGCUCAUCUUUGCCACCAUGAGCGUCGCCUGGCUGUUUCUCAUCCUAUCGUGGCUACAUUUUGACGGAUUGUUGUACAUGCACAUCAUCGCAAAUGCACUGCAGGCACCCUGCAUCCUCUACAUCUGCGUGUUGCGCCAGAAGCACGUGACGUUUCUCGUCAAAUCAUGCUUUCGAGAUCAGGCACCGCAAACUACUGAGUGGGGCGACGAGAUGACGUACAUGAAUGGUGGUGACUACUAAUUGUUAAUGUAUUGCGCGGACGAUUGUAAAUGGUUAUGAUCGGUAAAAUGAAUCUGUACUGUAAUAUUCGAUUUCAUCUUUCCUCACACACGAUCCUCAGAAGAAUGAAUGCGUUUGAUAUUAAUUGCACACCAUGAAAGACAUUUCAAUAAUUCGCAUCAGUGAGUAGGUCGAGCAGAGAUAGAGGAGGUAAGCAAAUAGAGCGUACGUCCACUAGAUGCAUCCCCUGCACCGUCCCCAUCGGCUGUUCUUACACUGAAGUGUAAAACACAAAAAAUUACUUUACUGAGCGUAAGAUGGACAAGCGAAACACCAGAAUCUCAGGCCGUAGAAAUGCUCUUCCAGGCUUCUAAAUUCCAGUCUUCAACAGCUAAGAAUUGAGCUGCAAAAUAUAGUCAUAGUUUAUACGCGCAACGAUAGAAUAAGCACCGUUUUUAGUCAUAUAAAUUGUAACAACCGAACAAACAAAGAAACAGCAAUGCAGCUGCAAUCUCUUCCGGCACGAUAAGACAGAACGCGCUUAUUGUGGAACGCUUGCUUAGUCGUAGAUAAGGUAAAAUCGAAAAGUUUGUAAAAAAAGGUAAAUUAGUAAGAUAAACUUUUAAAUUUAACAAUUGGUGCAGUUGUACUUCAACACAACCGACAGUGUCUUACCGGUGUUUUGGCAUAACGCUAUGUAUAAGUCUACAUAUAAAUUAGGCAUAGAACGCGCAGUAUCGAAUAGUAAGAGUUUUUUUUAGAAAUAAAACAUUUCGUUAAAUUGAUG